AAUUUACUUUAUCAACUUGCUAUAUUCCAGCCUAUGUUAUAAGAAGGAUUUAAAAAAUAGAUUAUUUGAAGUAGGUACAAUGAAAACACUACAGUUCAGAGAUAUCUUCUGGCUACUUAAGGAGUUCAAGGAGACGUGGUUGGAAAACUGUCCCAGGUAUUUUUUCUUGAUUUGGAAAUUCAGUCUUUAAUUUAUGAUACAGAAGUAUAUCUUCUGAAAGAGAAAAGUAAUUUUGCUAAUUCACAGGGGUUUUUCCCUCUUCCUAGGAAGAAUGUAUGUGGGAAGAAGAGUAAUUUUGUCUUACAAAUCAGAGGUGCAGUUCACAAAACAAAAAUGCCCUUGGGAAUAUCUAGGAAAAUGAAAGGCAUUACAAAGUAUACAAUUUAACACUUUUACUCUGAUUUCAAGUGUUAGUGUCAGCCUCUCACCUUCACUUAUGCUGUCUAAACGCCACCAUUAUAUUUUUAAUCUCAUAAACUGACUUGUAUAGAUGCAUGUAUGUGUCUAUACACAACCACUUACAAAUGUUCUCAUAACCUUGUUUGCUGCUACUCUGAUUGCAGUAGAUGCAUUAGCCAUAGGUAGAGUAAUGCCUGUCUCAGCAAUAGCCUUGCCUUUCCUUCUUUUUAAGUGGCAAAAGAUGACUCUUGUAGUUGCUUACUUCCAGAUCUGCUGGAACUGAGCAAAUUGUUGCUCUGUUAGAACUUUCAACUCUUCAUUGAAACUCUCUUGCAGCUUCUUAAAAGAUUUGGUACAGUUUUCUAAAUAAUAUCAGUGGCUUUUGUUGUCAGCAUGAAUCCAUCUGAGAGCUUGUUCAGAUAAAACUGCAGUAGUUCUGUUCUCUCUAGGCUCAUGAGUAAGGCUACUCAAGCAGUGGUUUUUCCUUGAAUGUUUUUCCUAGUAAGAAACAAUAGGCCAAGAAAAUAGAAAUUUCUGCAAAUAUGGGUAGAUUGGGGUUUCUUGUUUAAUAGGAAGUUUAGUACUCUUGCAGAUGACAGAAGAGUGACUGUGGUGGUCAGACUGAAGGUGAGUGUAGCCCAGUAUUGUGUCUCCAGCAGAGGCCAAAAGUGAGUGCUCAGAAUAUAAGAACAAGACAUGUAGUAUUUCUCCUUUGAGUGCUUUCUGGGCCUCCAAAUCCAUGUUGCCCAAACUUUUUGAACAAUUGUACUUUAUUAUAGAUACUCUCUGCUAGCCCAAAUAACAGAACAUAUUCAGUAAAUGCCAAAGAUAUUUUGGGGUCUUUAGGAAUUGUUAAGGAAUGUGAUCUCUGAGAUUUUGUGCUUUAAACGAUGAAUAUUCUAAAUUGGAACGAGUAACCUGAGUUGUUUAAGGAGAGCCAUCAUUUGCUUGAUGAAUUUCCCAAACCUUCAACAUGAAGAGGAAGGUAGGUCAAGACAGGUCGUGUUGGGAGACAGAUAAAAUAAGCUGCUUUGUAUUUCAGGAUGUUCAAGAAGUGCUGCGGGAGCUGCAAGAGACAUCAUCUAAUUGAUAGUCUGAAGAAACAACAGGAUUUUGCUGACCUCCUCAUUUGUACAUAAUUUGUACCUGUUAGGGAAACCCUGAUUCUGUCUUAAAAGUUUCUCUGGGCCUGUCUUCUAUUAAUACAGUUGUUAUCUCUAUCUACAGCUUAGACAAAUUUGAGGGUAGUCUUUGAAGCAUAAGAAAAGUGAUGUGCAAUAGAAUGUGUCUGAACUUCUCGUCCUUGACAGCAAGAACAUGUUGUGUUAGUAUUUCUAAGUGUCAUUAGCUCUCUCAACAGAUCUGCUUGAGAAAUACUUCUGUCUGGAUCUGAUUUAUGAAUUUGAAAAGGUACUUGGUUAGGAACUAUACUAUUGGGUUUUUUUUUCUUUCUGGAAGGAAGACAAGAGAAAACUAUUUAUGAUUCUCAUUCUAGACUCAAAUUCACACCUAACUGGUCCUCUCUCUCCUCAAUCUGCUAAAAUCACAGGCUUGAAAUGAAAGGUCCUUGGUAUAAAUAAAGCUUGUAGAACAAAUUAAAAUAGCAGGAAAGAGAUCAGUCUUGUUUAAGUAAUGACUGCAUGUCUGGAGAGGUUUAACAAGACUGCAAGCAGAGAUCAUCAGGUCUUGGCAAUAGUAGUCAGAGGAUCAGUCUUAAGUGUGAGACACUAUUUAGACACAAAUAACCUGCAGAACAUGCCCCGAUUUGGCAAUUUUACCAAAGUACUCAGAUAACAUCAUACAUAUUUAAACCAUUCAAACAUUUCCUUCUAUUUGUGAUACUAAACAGCUCCCACCCACUUGACGUUGUAGACUGAGUGAUUCAGAUCUAUUGGCUCUUGGUUGUGGAAAAAUCUGCCUUGAGGUCAGUUGUGGUUCAUACCACAAGCAGCCAUCCUUUCUUCAUUCUGCCUAACUUCAGCCUGCUUUUUUAAAUGGACACAAUAUCCUUACUUUCAGCUGCAUUUGGUUAAGGGUCUGCAUAGAGUCAUGUGCAAACUAUAAGGACCUCAGAAUGCUGAAUGCUCUGUGCAUGCAGGAACCUGUCUGUGAAAGCUGGCCCCUGUUGGGCCCAAGCAGAAAGUAAAGGAGGUGGCUGUGACACAAAAGCUAGAAACACUGGGAAAUACUGAGAGAGAGCCUAGAGGAGUCCGUUGCUGAUGGUAAUCCUUGUGAACACCUUCCCACCUGGUAGAAAGCAGCAAAUUGUAACAGCCCAGAAAGUGCUUCAGGCGUGUCAGAAUUUUGAGUACUGCUGUGUCCCUGAAUGUCUUUCCUGAAACUGGAGGAGGCUUUUUUCCUGCCCCCUGACCCCACCCCCGUCCCCCAGGAUUUUUUUCUGUACACAACAAUCAGACUAGUAAUUGCAACUUUUUUUUUUUUUUCUUUUCUGAUUUACAAGCCCACAUGAGGCCUUUUGGAUUCAUUAUGCAUGAACCAGUUUGUAUCUGGGGAUGAAUAAUGUUCCAUCUUACUUUCUUUUUGCCCUUGCACUGAACAGUUUUGUUUUUAACAGAAAUGCCUUUUUCCUUUUGAGAACUCUCAGAAAUAUGUUCCUUUAAGAACCUCCUACAUGACCACGUGGAGGGCCCCAGCAGGAUGACCAGCAGCCACACAGACUGCCAUUUCUGCCUGCAGCCUCUCCGUGGCAGGAAAUUUGCACUGAGAGAUGAAAAUGCUUACUGUGUCCCGUGUUAUGACAGCCUGUACGCCAACCCCUGCGAAGAGUGCAAGCAGCCCAUUGAGUGCAGCUCCAAGGAUCUGGCCUACAAAGGCCGCCACUGGCAUGAGGGGUGCUUCAGGUGUGCCAAGUGCCGUCGCUCACUGGUGGAGAAACCAUUUGCUGCCAAGGACGAGGUCUUGCUGUGUACUGAGUGCUACUCUGAUGAGUAUUCAUCCAAGUGCUUUCACUGCCAGAAGACCAUUAUGCCUGGUUCACGUAAAAUGGAAUUUAAGGGAAGUUCCUGGCAUGAAUCCUGUUUUGUUUGCCAGCAUUGUCAGCAACCAUUGGGAACAAAACCAUUAAUCACCAAAGACAAUGAGAAUUACUGUGUGCCCUGUUUUGAGAAGCAAUUUGCUCACCACUGCUAUGCUUGCAAAAAGGUUAUAACUUCUGGAGGAGUGGCCUACCAUGACCAGCCUUGGCACAAGGAAUGCUUUGUGUGUGCUGUGUGUAAAACUCAGCUGUCUAGACAAAGAUUCAUUUCCAAAGACGAGUACCCAUACUGUGUAGACUGUUUCAGCAAAUUUCAUGCCAAGAAGUGUGCUGCUUGCAAGAAACCUAUUGCAGCUCUCGAAGGUACCAAAUACAUCUCACUUGAGGAGCGCCAGUGGCACGGGGAAUGCUUUAGCUGCACGAAGUGCUCUGUCUCCCUGGUGGGCCAGGAAUUCCUCGCUCGGCAGGAUGACAUCCUUUGCCACAAGUGUGGCUCUGCUUCAUAGUUCUGUGGCAAGCUGUACAGCUGCACUAUUUCUCACUCUGUAGCAAGGUAGUUUAUUGGUCUGCUGUAAGAAAACCAGAUAAAAGGCACUAUAGUUAUUUAGUCAUUCCAGUAACUUUCCAACAGCAGUUUAAUGCAGUCAUAGUUCUCAACUGUUUAUAAACAAACAUUAAACAACCACCCCAUGCUGGUUAAUGAAACAAUGCAGAAAAGAUUUGUAUAUAUAAUAAGCCUAACUCCAGUAUGUUUUCCUUGUAACGCACUGCACUCUGCUGUUAGAAGCUUAAGAAUUUAUCUUUUAUCACCUCUAUUGUGAAAUGUCUGUUUGGCAAAUGAAUAAUGAUGAGGCAUUAGCACUGAUUCACAGAUGCAGAUCUUGGCAUGGACAGCUGGGAACAGGCAUUUUUCUCUUGGAUCAUAACAUUGAAGAGAACACCUUGUAAAUCUUAUACUCUUCCAUACUUUGGGCAAAAAAAGAUGCUGACAAAGCAGGCAGAAAUUGUGAAGAGGAAAUGCUUUCACAUUGAGGAGCUCAGUCAGAAAGGUCCAUUCCAAGGGCGAAUUCAAUGGAAAAAAGGUCACUUUCCUUCCCUUACUGGGAUUGCUAUCCAAAGAAGUCACCCAAAACACUAAAGCGCAGGUCUUUUCCCAGUACUGGGUAACUGUACUUAUUUUUUUAGGCAUAGCUGCUUUUGAACAUAAAUAAACCCAUAUUUUCAGCUACUGCAAGAGGUAAGGAAUGCCCAAGAUUGAAUAGUGCUCAUGUACAUUUUCCCACAGCCAAUAUGCCUUAAGACUCUGUUUCCACUUUUUUUGCUAUGCCUUCAAAUACAGGCCUAAAACAUACUUUUUUUUAUUAGUUGACUAAAGAGCAGACUCAUAGUGGUCUAUUUAACCUUGUACUUUCCUUCAUUCAAAACUGCUUUGCCAGCAAUUGAAGCCCAGUUAAGAACCUUACAUGUUUGGUCUUUGAUUCACAGUCCAUUCCUCUGCUUGUAAAUUCCUGCCUCUGGACAGCAGGCUAUAAACUCCCCAGAACCAAUUCCUGAUUCAUUUCACCAUUAUCCACAUGUGGUUUUAAACAGUAUUUCCAGAAUCAGUAAUUGUCAUUGCAAGCUAGGCAGCCCUUGCUUGCAGUGCGGGGCCUUAGUUUCUAAGUAGCCAGCCUUUAUAUCUGCUUGCUGAGCUCCAGCACUCAAAUGUCUACUUUUAAAGGUCAUCUAGAGCUGAGUUACAAACAUCCAUCUGCCUGCUUCUUCUGCAGUGUGUGUUGCAGCGGCCUGGUUCCUGUGCUGGGCCGUUGUGGAUGGAGCAGUGGUGUUAGGAAUGGCAGGUUCUGCACCCUCCAGCAGAGUUUGAGUCUUCAUCUCAGAUGUCUUCAAGUCAUUCUUCUUCAGACUCUGACCUUGAGUGCAUAGAGUUAUUUGGCUGACUUGAGCGGCCUUUACUCACAUUGAAGACAGCCAUUAUUUUAGGUAAAAAAGGAAGAAUAUGUAUGCAUGGCUAAGCCAGAGCCAAAGUGCAGUGGCAUAAAAUCAAUAUGGAUAAUGACUGACCAAUGAGUACACAGCAGUGUGUUGUCAGUCGAUAAAAUAUUGAUCUUUUGCUCUGUGUGGUGUCAAUUUUUGGUUUUCAUUUUCUUCUUUCAUGGCAGCUUUUAUUGCAGUCUAGAGUUUGAUUAGUUUAUGUUUUUCAUUUAUCCCAGCUGCUUCCUUUUCUAUUUACACAUCUCCCAUGGCUGACACAGGUUCUUGGUAAGGCUUAGAUUCCCAUAAAUAGAAUAUGUUUCAUUGCCUUAUAUGUAUAAAUAUAUAUUAUAUAUACACAUAAAACAUAGUGGUUCACAGUUAUGUAUGAUGUUCUUAAAAUUUGCACUGAGGUAUCAGAAAUUAGUAAAUGCUAAUGGUCUUAAAUUUUUAAAUUAAAAUGAUGAAUCACAAUA